AUGCGGUGCACAACAGGAGAGUGUAUAGACCUGCGUAAGUUAUGUGAUGGUAAAUGUGACUGUUUGGACGAGAAUGUCUGUGAGGAUGAAACUCUCCUCUGUUCUGAUUCUCCUUUCCAACAACAGUUCCUAUUAGUGUCAGAGCAAGCUGAAGCAGCGUUAGAGAAAGCAGUUGAAAAACUAAAAAAAGCUCUUCAAUCAGAGAUUUUAGAGGAAGCUGAAGCAGCGUCAGAAAAGAAAAGAGAAUCUCAAGUAUCCUCCUCAGCAGACAAUUUUGAAAUUGCCCUUAGCUUCGUGUUGUUCAUUACAUAUGGAUUAUGCUACAUUUUGGACUAGACUUCUCCCUUACAAAUAUUUUUUGCCCAAAUGAACUCAUCAGUACAUUUUGCAAGGAGAAAAUGUUUUCAUCACAAUAUUACUGUUUGUCGGCCAGGCUCCUUGCCAUGUCGGACGAAUCCAUUUUUCGGUACAAUUUGGAAAACCUGCACUCUUAAAGUAUCUGUUCAUUCAAGAAUGAGUCGUAUAUUUUGAUGAAUUUUGUGAGUGUUCAUAUUUAGUCUUACAUCUUGACAGUUGAAAAUGUGA